AUGACAUUCCUGUCACUUAAUUUCUGGCUUCUUCCGGUUCUUUUCCUGGCUUCCUAUUCUUCCGUGACAUCCCUAUCACUUAAUUUCUGGCUUCUUCCGGUUCUUUUCCUGGCUUCCUAUUCUUCCGUGACAUCCCUAUCACUUAAUUUCUGGCUUCUUCCGGUUCUUUUCCUGGCUUCGUAUUCUUCCGUGACAUCCCUAUCACUUAAUUUCUGGCUUCUUCCGGUUCUUUUCCUGCUUUCGUAUUCUUCCGUGACAUCCCUAUUACUUAAUUUCUGGCUUCUUCCGGUUCUUUUCCUGGCUUCGUAUUCUUCCGUGACAUCCCUAUCACUUAAUUUCUGGCUUCUUCCGGUUCUUUUCCUGGCUUCGUAUUCUUCCGUGACAUCCCUAUCACUUAGUUUCUGGCUUCUUCCGGUUCUUUUCCUGGCUUCCUAUUCUUCCGUGACAUCCCUAUCACUCAAUUUCUGGCUUCUUCCGGUUCUUUUCCUGGCUUCGUAUUCUUCCGUGACAUCCCUAUCACUUAUUUUCUGGCUUCUUCCGGUUCUUUUCCUGGCUUCGUAUUCUUCCGUGACAUCCCUAUCACUUAAUUUCUGGCUCCUUCCGGUUCUUUUCCUGGCUUCGUAUUCUUCCGUGACAUCCCUAUCACUUAAUUUCUGGCUUCUUCCGGUUCUUUUCCUGGCUUCCUAUUCUUCCGUGACAUCCCUAUCACUUAAUUUCUGGCUUCUUCCGGUUCUUUUCCUGGCUUCCUAUUCUUCCGUGACAUCCCUAUCACUUAAUUUCUGGCUUCUUCCGGUUCUUUUCCUGGCUUCCUAUUCUUCCGUGACAUCCCUAUCACUUAAUUUCUGGCUUCUUCCGGUUCUUUUCCUGGCUUCGUAUGCUUCCGUGACAUCCCUAUCACUUAAUUUCUGGCUUCUUCCGGUUCUUUUCCUGCUUUCGUAUUCUUCCGUGACAUCCCUAUCACUUAAUUUCUGGCUUCUUCCGGUUCUUUUCCUGGCUUCGUAUUCUUCCGUGACAUCCCUAUCACUUAAUUUCUGGCUUCUUCCGGUCCUUUCCUGGCUUCCUAUUCUUCCGUGA